GAAUACUUAACAAUGCCGAGGUGUAGUACUUGUUCGUUAGAUUUAACUUCAAUUAAAGCUUUAAUAACUCACAUAUCUGUGAAUCACAGUGAUGAGUUAAAUAAGUAUGACUGUGGUGAAAGAGGCUGUAAUUCAAGGUUUGAUAUUCUUAAUUCUUAUCACAAGCAUUUGCGAGUUGCCCAUAAAUUUCCAUCACAGCCUCCAUCGAUUAAUAAUAUACAUCAUUCUACACUUACUCGAAAUGAGACUAUUUUGUCUAAUAGAAUUGAAAAUGAAUUAGAAACCGGGACAAAUAACAUAAGUUGCAAUGAAACAUGCGAAAAUUUUGAAUCUGGUGAUAUAAAUACGGUAAAUUUUAAAUUUGUUGCAAAAUUAUAUGCUAACCCACGCUUGCCACGUAAUAUUGUUCAAACGAUUGUGGAAGAUACGCAUAUUUUUAUAGGUGAUAAAUUCUUACGACUAUUAGAGUCAUCAGUUGACAUUAUUCUUUCAAAAUUGAACUGUCCGUCCGAUGAUCACAACAAAAUCAAAAGCAUUUAUAUGUCAAGUUUAAAGAGCGAUACAACGGUUAUAGAAAAUUUCAUUCAAGGUAAAUUAUGGGCUGAAAAACGUUCUAAAUAUUCUGAUAAUGAUAUUGUCAUCCCUUAUUUUUUUGCCGGUGAUGAUGUAGAAGUCAAUAACCCUCUAAGUUCUCAUUCAAGCAAAGUUAUGCCUAUUUACGCGUCAUUUCCAUGCUUACCGCCUGAGUGUAGCGAGAAGUUAGAAAUCGCACUUAUGAUAUUUACCGUCCGCUUAUACAACGAAUUAAACGUUUGGAAAAAAAACAGCUAUGAAACUAGUUUAUCUACUGGUGAAAAAGUUUAUUUCGUUCUGGAUCUAAUACAGGGAGACAAUUUAGGGUGGCAUGGAUUGUUAGGAUUCACAGAAUCGGCAAAAAAGAAUGAUUGUAAAAAUGCACUUAUUAUUCCUUGUGAAUUGAAGCAAAAUAAUGUAAACUAUGACACUACAAUGUCCUAUACUAAAAAUUACGAUGUUUUCAUCGUAAUUUUUCGUACAAUUUUCUUUCCGUGUACAGAUAUGAAAGAAAAAUGUGUGUUUAAUAAAAUAGAAUCAUUUCAUUGCACUAAAAACUAUUCUGUUGAUGGAAUGCAUGAUGUACGAGAAGGUAUUGCUCAUGAUGAUUUAAUUACGAAUCUCCGAAAAUUAAAGGGAUCCGUGUUUGACUAUGGACCAAUUGAUUGCUCAAAUAUUCUUUGA